GUGGUCACCGCGGAGAUGCUGGUGAGCUCCGCACGAGAUGGGGGCGGGAUGGAGGCCAAACGGCGCCAAACGGGUGGACUCCAAUUCUCUCCUUGAAUCAAGCUGGUGACGCAGGAAACGGGUUGGGGCCAAAAAGUCUGAAUCUGGGGACUCGACGACAAUCCAAUUACAACCCACCGGUAUGUAGAUGUAUGCAGUACAUUCGCCUGACAAUCAGGUACAGUCCCUCCAUGGUGGAUUCCAAUUACCAGUCCAUAUUUUGUAGCCUCCUUCGGGUGACCUUGGGGGAUCGAUGGGCUCCAAACCCAAGCCAUGGACUGUUCCCAUAUACUUCCAAGGUCAACCAUUCAUCCAUGUCCAUAUGUCCAUAUAUCCAGAUCCAUCAAACCAUCCCCAAGAGCCUCCCGAAGCUUCUCCCCAGGUUGCUGAAGACGAUUUGCCGGAGAACUUCGACUGGCGCAACGUGAAUGGCCGGAAUCUCGUGACCAGUGACGUGAAUCAACACAUUCCCCAAUAUUGUGGGUCCUGCUGGAUCCAUGGCACCACGGCCUCGCUGAACGAUCGCAUCAAGGUGAUGCGCAACGGCCAAUUCCCCGACGUGAUGCUGUCGAGGCAGGUGCUGAUGAACUGUGUGCCCUCGCCGAACAAGAGCUUGCCCCCGCCGGGCUGCGACGGAGGAGAUCCCUGGAUGAUCCACCAGUACCUGAAGGAACAUGAUGUCCCAGAUGAGACUUGCAUGCCUUACCAGGCCAAAAACAUGGAGUGUACACCCAUGGACCAGUGUCGGAACUGCUUGCCCGGCCACGGCUGCUGGUCCAUCAAGACCUGGACGGGCUAUGGCGUGAGCUCCUAUGGCAACCUCUCUGGCGAGGUUGCAAUGAUGAAGGAGAUCUACGCCCGAGGGCCCAUCACUUGCUCCUUUGCAACGGAUGAUGAGUUUAUGAUGAACUUCAGUCAGAACGUCAUGGAGCACGAGGGUGUUUACAGCACCAAGAAGACCUACACGGAGGAUCAGGUGGACCACAACAUGGAAGUGACCGGCUGGGGAGUGACCAACUCCGGGACCAAGUACUGGGUGAUUCGCAACUCUUGGGGCACCUACUUUGGCAGUAACGGAUGGGUGAAGCUUGAACGUGGCAAGAACAUGCUCAUGAGUGAAGCAGACUGUGAUUGGUCCAUCCCCCGCUUCGAGGGAUUGGAUGAGGUGCUUGCAGGAAAAGUCCUGGGCAGCUACAUGGCGGGGAUGACCACAAAGGUUGAGAGCGAGAAGUUGAAAGAAACGCUCAAGGCGCCAAAGUUCAAGACGCUCCCCACUGUACUUGAGCAGUCGCGGUCGAGGACGCAGGAGUCUGCCCUGGUGGAGACCUUUCGGGUGUUCCAAGUCGCAUUGGUCGCGCUCUCACUGCUGGCCGUCGGCUAUGCUGCUGGCAAACUCCGUGCGCGGAGGGACUCGAGGGAGAAGACGCAGCCAUUGUUGGGACAUGACUACUAGAGCGCUCUGGAGUCAGGCUGUGUUCUGGACCUUGUAUGGCUUUUGAUCUCUUGUACCAAACGUAUCUCGCUGAAGUCGAAGCAAGACUCAGAUCCUCUCUUUUGGCCGUGGAGAAAGACUCCCUGCGGCGUGC